GCCGCGGGCCAUGGCGGGCCGCGCGGGGAGCAUGGCGCUGCCGCGGCUGCAGGAGGACCUGCGCGCGCUCCAGCUGCACAGGGUGCCCGCGGCCUCCUGGCGGGCCCUGCACGAGGAGGGCGAGCCGCCGGCCGACCUGGACCUCGGCGACGCGGGCGCGCCCAGCCAGGAGGCGCUCAAGGCCGUGCUGCGCAGCCUGCACGCCGUGCGGGAGGAGCGCGCCGGGCCGGCGCUGUGGGAGUGGCUGGAGGAGCCCUCUGGGCCGGAGGCGGGGGCCCUGCCGAGGCUGCGGGGGCCUGCCGAGAAG